AAGAAAUCCGGGAUAAAUAUGUGUAGUGGGCAUAAUUUGGGUUUUUUUUUUUUUUGCGGCUCUUCUUUUUCCUAAUAACAAUGAUUAAAUGGGUGAAAUCAUAAUCUAAUUUGGGCGAUUUCCUCUUAAUCGAAUUAUGCUCAUGCGGUUCGCUUCGGAGCUUUCCGGGCUGUUUCGAUAGCCCAGAAGGAUGAUCAUCACUGGGCUCAGUUUCAACAGUCCUUGGUUGAAUCCAUGGGGCUGUCGAGUUCAUGAAGUCCACCACCACCUCUUGCGAAACAGGGAGCGCCCACUGGGUGAAGAACUCGCGAAGACGAAGAGCCAUGCCCACCGCCCAGGCCAAGAACGUGGGGUGCUGCGGCUAGAUAUGGCUGUGCCUGUGCUCAAGCACAGAAUUCCUCCAUUGCGCUUCCUGGGGAUGCUCUCAUCCCUUCCCUUGAAUCCCACGCUCGUCCGCUUCGCGUCUCGGGGCCUCACCCGAAGCUCCUCCUCGCGGCUCCGUCUUCCUCAACUUAAAAGCCGCCCGGGAACCCCCUCUCGUCGUCACUGUCCCAUCUCCUGUUCCGCUAGGAGCGGCAUGACUCUCCCCAAAAGCUUCUCCGGGUCGACCGCCGAUCCCAUUCCUGUCGCGGGCACCCCCCAGGUGGACGACCCGGGAGCCGAGCCCGACCCGCCAGCCCUCGUGGUGGUUUCGUUCUACAAGUUCGCGGAUUUCCCCGAUCACGCCGAGCUGCGGAAGCCCUUGAAGGAUCUCUGCGAGCAACUGCGUGUCUCAGGUGGUAUUAUCCUUGCACCAGAAGGGAUCAAUGGGAGCAUAUGUGGAACCCGCGAAUCAGUAGAAAGAGUUCUUGGAUUCAUUCAGAGUGAUGAACGUCUAAAUGGGCUUAGACAAAUAGAAUCUCCUGUGAGUCCUGAAGAUGAAGCUCUCCACCAUGGACAUAGUAGCAGCUCUCCUCUUGCAGCGGGGGAAGAUGCCCCCUUCCGUUGGGAUCACGUGAGAGUCAAAUUAAAAAGAGAGAUUGUUUCUCUUGGAAUGCCUAGUGUCUCACCUAUUGAGAGGGUUGGGAAGUAUGUAAAUCCAAGGGAUUGGAACGCACUGAUUAGUGAUCCAGAUACGGUAGUGAUUGAUGUGCGGAAUAACUAUGAGACAAGAAUUGGGAAGUUCAAAGGAGCAGUUGACCCAUGCACCACGGCUUUCCGAGAGUUUCCAGCUUGGGUGGAUAAUCAGUUCCAACCUCCUGAAUUGGAUGGGGAGCAGAUGAAAUUGGCCGAAGAACAUGGUUCUAGUGCAAAUACUGAUCAGCAAGCAGAACUUCCAAAAGAAAGAGUGCCUCGGGUGGCAAUGUAUUGUACGGGAGGAAUUCGAUGUGAGAAAGCUUCAAGUUUCCUCCUGAGUAAGGGUUUCAAACAGGUCUAUCAUCUGAAAGGUGGAAUAAUGAAAUAUCUUGAGGAGGUUCCAAAGAGCGAGAGCCUCUGGGAAGGUGAGUGUUUCGUGUUUGACAAGAGAGUUUCGGUCGAACAUGGUUUGGCGCAGGGAACUUUCAAUCUCUGCUAUGGGUGCAAACAACCAGUGAGUGAUGCUGAUAUGUUAUCACCAGAGUGGGAGUAUGCCGUUUCUUGUCCAUACUGUUACUCUUCCAAAUCAGAAGAAGAAAAGGAAAGGGCGAGAGCUCGGCAAAGGCAAUUUGAGACGUGGGACAUCAUCGGAGGUCCUCACAAGGGUCGACGGCCAAUCGCAAGCUCCGACAAGAAUAAGAGCACCAUUCACAGACAUUCAAGUUCAGUUUAGCUUUCUGAGAGGGUUUGGGAGUCGGUGACUUAUAUCGAAAGGGAACUUCCUAAAGGAAUUUCUUUGGGCGAGAACACUCCAACAGCAGUAGUUUUGGGGCUUCUUAUGUUCCGCGAAGCUAGAAGCUACAGUGAGAGCUCAAUGAACAGAGCAAUCUUUUCACUGGGCAUCUCCUGGUUCGUUGCCGACUGACAUUGGAUAUGUUAUUUUUGGUUGAUGACUGACAUCUUGAUUGUAUCAGGCGUCGUAGGUCUGGAACAGAUGUAGUAGCUCAUCAAAGCGAUGCAAGUGCAUCUUAUCGGAGAGAAGAACUACUUCUCAGCGUCGUUCUUUAGUUGAUCUGGCGCCGGCGUUGUGCCGUCAUAAGUAUGAAGCUAUGCAUGCAAAUGCAAGAUGGAAUCUCCGAGGGAAGUUCGAGGACUUUGGAUGAUUCUCCUCCUAUUUCCUAACAAUAGGGAUAGGCAU